AGUUUAGGUUCGAGUGGGACGGUCUUGUUGUGUAAUAAGUACGGAACUUCUGAGGGUGAGAGUAAACACAAUUCAACCGUCUCGAUUUUAUAUAAAAUCUCUCUGCUGAAGAUGGAGGAGAGUCAUGAGCGUCUCAAAUCCUGGUCGGAGCUCCCUUCAGAUCUCCUGAAUUCGCUGUUGGAACGCCUAAGCUUUGCUGAUUUCCUUCGAGCUAAAUCCGUAUGUUGGUCUUGGUACUCCGCUUCGAGACAAUGCGUGCCCAAAAAUAAUCACAUCCCCUGGCUCCUUCUUUUUCCCGAAGAUAACAGCAACAGUUCUUGCACCUUGUUUAAUCCCGAGGAGAAAGACAAACUUUACAGGACGCAAGAUCUUGAUUUGGAACUCCCAAGGCGUUUUUGUUUGAAGAGCUGUGGAAGUUGGCUCUUGAUGCAAAACCGUUUGCAUAAUCUCUACGUUGUGAAUCUCUUCACCAAGGAGAGGAUCAAUCUGCCUCCUGUGGAGUCACAGGAUGGAACGACAAAGCUGGAGCCGGCCGUAUUUGGGUUUCGCAUUACACUUCCGGACGGAAGUAAGGCGGCUAAACCUAUGCACAUACGAUCCCCUGUGUUUUGGAUUGACGACAAAACCAAAGAUUACGUAGUUUCGUGGGGACUUGGAACCUGUUGUGUGGUCUAUUCCAAGAAAGGAUAUAACUCUUGGACUCAGAUCCCGGAAGCUUUAGAUUGUUGUGACAUGGUUUACAAGGAUCACAAGCUUUACUUCUUGAGUUAUUUCCGUGAUUUGAGGAUCUAUGAUUUUUCAGGAGAGAUUCCUCAACAAAGCUUUUGUUGUACAUGCGCUUACGUCGAAAGAUUUGUGUCGAAUGGUCCCAGACGUCCUCGACAACCAAGUGACAGGAGAAUACUUUGGGCCACAAAACUUGUAGUCACAGUGACUGGAGAUGUCCUCAAGGUUGAAACAAUCUUAAGACCUGUCUCUAGAAUCUGGUCGUUCCGUCUCUUUAAAAUAUGUUCAUUAGGGCUCUUUAAACGAGUUCGUUCCUUGGGCGAAGAGGCAAUGCUUCUGGAUCUAGGCAUCACUGUGCUCGCCAAUAACAGUGAGGGAAUCUGUAGAAACUCCAUCUACUUCAAUGGUAGUCAUAACAGCAACUCAAGUGAUAUCUUUCUCUUCAAUCUCGAGACACGGAAGAUGGAGCAGCUACACAAAUUUGAUUUAUCGUCAGAUCAACUCUCUGGAAAUCGAUGGUUCUUACCAAGUUUCACACAGGCAAUGGCAUGAUUGACCUAAACUAUGUCUCCCUCUUCAAUAUAUUGUUUUACUGGAUGAAUAUUACUUGCCGUAAAUAAGUUUUAUAUAUUUUUAAAAUUCAUAAUAAUAUAAAUUUGUUGAGAAAAAUCAAUGGAAAUUUUUGGUUGGUUAAUAAUGGAAGAAUAACAUUAAAUUU